AUGACAAAAUCAACUCUCCUAUCGUCUUAUAAACUAUUUGCUUUUAUUUGUAUAUUCCGACUACUUAACUCCUUUGCCAUUGAGACAUUUUUCCAAGCCGAUGAGUUUUUCCAAGCUUUGGAACCAGCACAUCAUUUUGUUUAUGGAUACGGUUAUUUGACCUGGGAAUGGAAACAGCAGCUAAGAUCAGCUAUACAUCCUUUGAUCUAUGCCUUGGGUUAUAAAUUGGUAGGUGAUAACACAACACUAGUGCGUAUAUGUCCUAAAAUAAUAAAUGCAUUGAUUGCCACCAUAGGAGAGUAUAAUUUAUACAAGUUCAUUAUUGUCUAUGAUAGUGAGAAAUUGGCUUGGAUCACUCUAAUGUUGUCGUUGUUCAAUCCUUUUAAUUGGUACGUUAUUACAAGGUCAUUUUCAAACAAUUUAGAGAUGGUUUUGACUGUAUUGGCAUUACGGUUCUGGCCAUGGAACAAGAAAAUCAAUGGACGUUGGUAUAUCAGUCUAGGUUUUGGAUUUGUUAGUUGUAUUAUACGUCCAACAAAUAUUUUAAUUUGGAUUCCCUUGGGUAUUUGGCUUUUAAUUAAUGUUAGGAUAAAUUUCAAGUGGGUUGUCACAUCAUUAAUGGAAGUGGUGUUAAUACUAUUGACAAAUACUGCACUUGAUUACUACUUUUAUCAUCAAAUGACUUUCCCGUUGUAUAAUUUUCUAGAGUUUAAUGUUUUCAAGAACUUGUCUAUUUUCUAUGGAACUGCACCAUGGCAUUUCUAUCUUUUUCAAGCGAUUCCCUUGAUGUUGAUGCUAUACUUGCCACUUAUGAUCUACGGUUUAAAGAAAAACAUACUUUUGUUUACUGGAUUAUUCUACGUUAUUGGCUUCUCGUUAAUACAGCAUAAGGAGUUUCGAUUUAUUUAUCCCAUUCAUCCUAUUUUGCUUUAUUUUACUGCCAGAGGGUAUGUCCGAUUAAGACCCAAAUUUGUCUUACUUGGGAUUCUUCUUAAUGUUUGCAUUGGACUAUUCUUCACUAAUGUUCACGAAAGAGGGGUGAUUGACUUAACCAGAUACUUGGCUGCGCAGUCAACACCAUCAGUCGGAUUUAUUACACCGUGUCAUUCAACACCUUGGCAAAGCUACUUUCAUAGUCCUAAUUUGGAUAUCAAUUCGUGGUUUUUAACUUGUGAACCUCCAUUACACUUGAAUAAGCCAAGUUUGGAAGAAAUAAAGCGCUACAGAGAUCAAUCAGACCAAUUUUAUGAUGCUCCAAAACUGUUUUUGCAAAUGCAUUUGGGUAAAGAUUUGCCAAUGACGGAACAAUUGGUUAUAUUUGAACCAUUGGAACAACUAAUAAAGGACGAGUUGGGGAACGGGUAUCAUGAAUGCAAAAGGUUUUACAAUAGCUUUUUCCAUUGGGAUAAUAGAAGAAAUGGCGAUAUUAUAGUUUAUUGUAGAAAUGAAUAA